AUGGGAAACAAGGUCUCCGCAGUGAACGGCGUCAAAUCAGAUCAUUUCUACGACCAAGGAAACGCCGUCAACGAGAUCUGGGUAGGAGACGUUGAAAUCAUCUCCCGUCUACCCUUCGGUGAUUCCGACCUCGAGCAAGCCGGCUGGCCCCCGGGAGACUUCCCAAAGAUCCCGUGGCAUCAUUUCAUCAUCCCCAUGCACAAACGAAACGAAGUGAGCAACAUGACUGCCGAACUCUCCAAGAAUGAUAUUUGUCGUGGAUGUUGUCCGGACUGGCUACCAAAGCAUGGGUACUUGGGCAUGUACUCGAGCAUCUCCGAAGGUGCCGCGUGUUUGUUCGGGGCUUUGCUCCUUUUCCUUGCUCUCGGCAUGUACCUCUAUUUCACGACCUCCGUCAUUAGAGCUUUCUCCAACUGGCAAUGGCUACGGGAGGAUUCACAUCUCUACCCGGAUCCAGCCGCAAUCAGGCGUAUGGCAAAGAAUCACCUUUGGAUUGGCCUCGGUGAAUCAUUCAUGGUGUUUGCUCUCUCUAUCACCUGUUACGUGUUAGGCGUGCCUGCUCUCGCUGCUAGCACGAGGGGAAUGGAUGCUCCCACAUUGACUUUUUUGAAUGGGCUUGGGGGUGGUAUUGCUCUUGUAUUUGCCGGCCUUGUUGGGAUCCCUUUAUUCAUGCUGUGGUCGACGAGAAAGCCACGUUCUGUGAAGACUAGCUCUUUCUGA